ACCAGACCUUUUUUCUUUUCUGUCUCUCUUUCUCUUGUCUCAAGUACCUUCCCUCCCCAGUGAUGUUAUAUCGGCCUGUCAAAUUCCAACAGCGUGGUGUAACCUAGUUCCCUUGACAAUCAAUCAAUCAUUCGUCUCAUCUCUUACCCUGUCUUGCUUGAUUGCUGGUUACUCGGGCAUUACCCCGUGUGAAUUGAAAUCUCCCAGUCAACAUCAUCCCUUCUCAGUACUAUUUGCCGGUAGUACUAUUGACGUGGACCUGUAACACCGCCUUGCAAGACAAAUAAAUAACCAUGUCUUCGCUGCCGUACCGUCGUCAGCCGUCCAGACAGACGUCUCGACAGGCCUCAACAGAUGACCGAGAAGCUGUGCAAGCCCAAAUGGACUACUAUAUCGGUAUCGACGUCGGCACUGGUAGUGCCCGUGCGUGUAUCAUCAACGACAAGGGCGAUAUUGUCGGAUUGGCCUCCGAGAACAUUGGAUUGUGGCAGCCUCAGCAAAGCUACUAUGAACAAUCGACUUCGGAUAUCUGGCGUUGCAUCUGUAUCUCCGUCCAGCGUGCUAUCAGCCAGCACAACAUCCACCCGGAAUUCGUCCGGGGCAUUGGCUUUGAUGCUACCUGCUCCCUAGCCGUGUUCUCGACCGAGACCGACGAACCCGUCUCAGUGACUGGGCCCAAUUUCGAUACCGAUCGCAACGUGAUUCUGUGGUUGGAUCACCGUCCUGUCAAGGAGACCGAAUUGAUCAAUGCCACUAACCACAACCUACUCCGAUACGUGGGCGGAAAGAUGUCCGUGGAGAUGGAAAUACCCAAGGUCCUGUGGUUGAAGAACAACAUGCCCAAGGACCUCUUUGACAAGUGCAAAUUCUACGAUUUGGCGGAUGCACUCACCCACAUUGCCACCGGCAACGAGAAGCGUAGCUUCUGCAGCGUUGUUUGCAAACAGGGAUUCGUCCCAGUUGGUGUUGAUGGAAGCGUCAAGGGGUGGCAAGACGACUUCCUAAAAGAGAUCGGCUUGGAGGAUCUUGUCAACGAGGAUUAUAAGCGCAUGGGCGGUGUCGACGGGGUGAAUGGCGACUACCUGAGUGCAGGUGAACUUGUCGGAACGCUGUGUGACAAGGCUGCUGCGGAACUUGGACUUCCCGCAGGUAUUGCAAUUGGUAGUGGUGUCAUCGAUGCCUACGCCGGAUGGAUUGGAACAGUUGGCGCCAAAGUUAACUUGCAGGGCGAUGAGAUCGACGCAGACGUUGCGAAGAACGACCGUACUCAAGCUUUCAGCCGCUUGGCUGCAGUUGCAGGAACAUCGACCUGCCACCUGGCCAUGUCCCCGAAUCCAGUCUUUGUGCCUGGUGUAUGGGGUCCGUACAGGGAUACUAUCAUCCCAGGGUACUGGAUGACAGAGGGUGGACAAUCUGCCACUGGUGAACUGCUCAAGCAUGUCAUUGAGACACAUCCCGCAUUCAACCAGGCUAUCUCUGUCGCCGAGUCAUAUCACACCAACAUCUACGAAUACCUAAACGAGCAUUUGAAGGAGAUGAUGGAAGAUCAACACGCGCCUAGCAUUUCCUAUCUCGGCCGCCACUUUUUCUUCUACGGAGACCUCUUUGGUAACCGUUCCCCAAUUGCGGACGCCAGCAUGACUGGCGCCGUAGUUGGACUAACUAGCGACAAGACAGUUGACAGUCUUGCCAUAUACUAUUACGCUACGAUGGAGUUCAUCGCCUUGCAAACCAAGCAGAUUGUCGAUACCUUGAACGAGGCUGGCCACAAUAUCAACUCCAUCUUCAUGUCUGGAUCUCAGUGCCAAAACGAGAUUCUCGUCAAACUCAUCGCGUCUGCUUGUAACAUCCCUGUUCUCAUCCCUCGCUAUGUUCAGGCUGCUGUCUGCCAUGGUGCUGCUAUGCUUGGUGCUAAAGCUGCCAGUGCAGAUAGUGAGGGCAAAACCGAGGAUCUAUGGUCUAUCAUGGACAAAAUGAGCAAACCUGGUCGAAAGGUAGUUCCUACGACUGACAGGACUGAGCUGGCUUUACUUGAAGCUAAAUACAAGGUCUUCCUGGAGCAGUGCUUCAAGCAAAAGGAAUACCGGAAUCUUGUUGACGAAGCUAUUGGAGCAUGGAACAAGAAGAACUAA